UGCAGCUGCCAUCAAAGGUUGGCUUGCCACCUGAAGCCGGCACCUUGAAGAGGGCCUGAGGCUGCUGCCGGGACGUACAGAGACUAGGGCACCAGCACCCGCUGGAGGGGCCAGCUCCACGGAGGCCAGCCGGCAGCAACUGGAGCGCAGAAAGGGCUCCCUGGGCAAGAGCCAUGGCCUGGCCACUGCCCUGCUGGCUGUGGAUUCUGGGGACCUUGGCGGGGCUCUUGGCGACCCCAGCACCCGAGCGCUGUUCGGAGAAGCACUACUGGGUCCAGGGAGAACUGUGCUGCCAGGCGUGUAAGCCAGGGACUUUCCUCGUGAAGGACUGUGACAGGACUGGCGAGGCUGCUCAGUGUGACCCGUGCAUCCCGGGGGCCUCCUUCUCACCAGACCACCAUUCCCGGCGCCACUGUGAGAGCUGUCGGCAUUGUAACUCCGGUCUUCUCAUCCGAAACUGCACCCUCACCACAAAUGCAGAGUGUGCCUGCCCCAAGGGCUGGCAGUGCAGGGACAAGGAGUGCACGGACUGUGAUCCUCCUUCAAACCCCUUGCUGACACUGCCUCGACCAUCUCGGGCCCCGGGCCCACACCCACAACCCACCCACUUACCUUAUGCCAAAAAGAUGCAGGAAGCCAGGACAGUCCGGCAGGUGCAGACUCUGGCUGACUUCAGGUGGCUGCCUGCCCCAGCUCUCUCAACCCACUGGCCACCCCAAAGGUCCCUGUGCAGCUCAGAUUGCAUCCGCAUCUUUGUGAUUCUCUCUGGAAUGUUUCUUGCUUUCAUCAUGAUUGGAGCCCUGUUCUUCCAUCAACGAAGAAAACACAGACUAAACAAAGAAGAAAGUCCAGUGGUGCCUACAGAGCCUUGUCCUUACAGCUGCCCCAGGGAGGAAGAGGGCGGCGCCAUCCCCAUUCAGGAAGAUUAUCGAAAACCAGAACCUGCUUCCUACUCCUGAACUCGCGCACGGCGGGAUGUGGCGAGAUGGGGAGGGGGGGGUCACACUACAAUAAAAUCCCUGCCUCCAUCGCAGCCCAGCAGCCAUCCACGGGGAACGAGACCUGGCACCCCAACCCCCCACUCCCCGGCCCCACCCCCACCCCCGGGUUUCAGUACCAUCCUGUCAU